AUGGCAUCAUCAAUAGCCGCCGUUCCAUCUUCUUCCUCAAUUGAAAACGUAGAAUCUCAUCGUCAUGAAAAAUCUUCAUCGGAACAAUUUCGAAAAUUAUUUAUUGGUGGUUUAACUUAUUCAACUACAGAUGAAAAAUUAAAAGAAUAUUGCUCAAAAUAUGGUGACAUAACUGAAUGUGUUAUUAUGCGUGAUAGAGAAGGUCGAUCACGUGGCUUUGCUUUUGUAAGUUUUAAAGAUCGUUCAAUGAUUGAUUAUUUUAUGGAACAUCGACCACAUACACUUGAUGGUAGAAAAAUUGAAACAAAACGUGCAAUGCCACGUGAUGAAGCAUCAAAACCUGAAGGACAAUUAACAGUUAGAAAAAUAUUUAUUGGAGGUAUUAAAGAAGAUAUUACUGAAGAUGAUCUUAUAUCACAUUUUCAAAAAUUUGGAAAUAUUAUUGAAUGUAAUAUUAUGAAAGAUAAAGAAGAUAAAUUACGUGGUUUUGCAUUUAUAACAUUUGAUGAUUAUGAUGGUGUCGAUCGUUGUAUUCUUGAAAAACCUCAUAUUAUCAAAGACAAAGAACUUGAUAUACGAAAAGCAAUUCCACGUGAACACAUACCACGUGCUUAUACGUCAAUCCCUAAUAAUAAUAUUAUUAAUUCUGAGUUUUAUUAUCAACCACAUUUAAUGAUUAAUAAUCCAACAUUAUCUCCUUUAUCAUAUACUUAUAUUCAUCCAUCAAAUUAUUUAUCUAAACCAAUACCAUUAAUGAAUACAACGAAUUCUUGUUCACAACCAAAUACUUUACCUCCGACAACAUUUUUUUUGCCAUCAGAAUUAUCAACUAAUACAUAUUUUUCUUCACCAUCAUUACGAACAAAUAAUAAUAAUAAUAAUAAUAUUCAAUAUCAAACUUCUAAUCGAAAAAAACUAACAAAUGAACAAAUAUCUCAAUCACGUUCAAUAAAUGAUGAACAACAUCGGAAAUUAUUUAUUGGUGGUUUAUCUUUUAAAACAACUGAUGAAACAUUAAGAGAUUAUGCAAGAAAAUUUGGUGAAAUAAGUGAUUGUUUAGUUAUGAAAGAUCAAAAUGGUCAAUCAAAAUGUUUUGGUUUUAUAACAUUUAUUGAUACAAAUAUAGUUGAUGAAUUUAUGAAACAACGACCACAUAUACUUGAUGGUCGUCAAAUAGAUCCAAAACGAGCAAUGCCACGUGAAGAAGCAAAUAAUGAUGAUAUUCAUUUAACUGUUAAAAAAAUUUUUAUUGGAGGUAUUCGUGAUGGACUCGAUGAAAAUACAUUAAGAAAAUAUUUUGAAAAAUAUGGAAAUAUCAAUGAUUGUCUUGUUAUGCAUGAUAAAGAUGGAAAAACACGUGGAUUUGCAUUUAUUGAAUUCGAUGAUUAUGAUCCUGUUGAUAAAAUAAUUCUUGCACGACCUCAUAUAAUAGGUGACUAUCGUGUUGAUGUUAAAAAAGCUAUACCAAAAGAUCAACGACAUUUUCAAGCUCAACAACAAGAAUAUGCACUUCAAAUGCAAGCAGCAACAGCUGCGUAUUAUUAUUAUACUAAUAUACCAUAUCAUAUAUUAAAUAAUACAAUAAUAUCUCCUUCUUUAAUUAAUCCAAAUGGUGCUCUUAUUGAUGAUGUUUUUUCUCAUACUCGAACGUCAAAUAACAAUAAUAAUAUUUCAAAUCCUCUUCGUUAUUUUCCUAUACGCAAUAAUCGUCAACAAUCAUCACAUAGUAAAUGUAAAAUUCCAUUGUUUAUUGCUCAAAAUAAUAUAAUGGUUUCUGUGGUACGUGCUCAACAAGUCUUAUUCAAAACCAAACGUUUUAAUAGUAUAUCAUGGAUAUGUCGUCGUACAACUUCAACAACCCCAACUCCAACAACAACUGAAGUAGCUCGUCAAGUUGGUCACGAAGUACCAGCCGAUGCUGCUGCUGUAACUAAAAAACCUAUUGCAGGUGCACCAUAUAAAACACUUUCAAUUGGUGUACCAAAAGAAACUUUUUUAAAUGAAAAACGUGUUGCUCUUACACCUGCUAUUGUAUCAACACUUGUUAAAAAAGGAUUUACGUUAAAUGUCGAAGAAAAUGCAGGUGCAGGUGCAUCGUUUUAUAAUGAAGAAUAUCAAAAUGCUGGAGCAAAAAUUGUUUCACGAAAUGCUGCAUAUGCAUCAAAUAUAAUUCUUAAAGUUCGACAACCAAAUGAUGAAGAUAUUAGUGUAUUUCAAGAUAAAUCAACAUUAAUUUCAUUUAUAUAUCCAGUACAAAAUAAAGCUUUAGUUGAACAACUUGCUAAAAAACAAGCAACUGUUUUUGCUAUGGAUUGUAUUCCACGUAUUUCUCGAGCACAAGUAUUUGAUGCACUUAGUUCAAUGGCAAAUAUUGCUGGAUAUAAAGCUGUAAUUGAAGCAGCUAAUAAUUUUGGCAGAUUUUUUACUGGUCAAAUAACUGCUGCUGGCAAAUCUCCACCCGCAAAAAUUUUAGUCAUUGGUGGUGGUGUUGCUGGUCUUAGUGCAAUUGGAACAGCCCGAAAUAUGGUAUUGAAAUACAUAUUUUUUUUUUAUUGUUUUCUUUUAAUGCUAUUAAACACCGAUCCACCGGAAUAUAAUUAUUUAUAUUUAAUACCUGGUGCAAGUGCAGUUGGACUUUAUGCAUGGGCUAGUCAACAAGACUAUCAUGAUAUAAAUCAUUUAGCAUAUUUAGCCGCAUCACUUUGUUGUGUUGGUGCUCUUGGUGGUUUAAAUAAUCAAAAAACAGCUCGUCUUGGUAAUUCACUUGGUAUGAUUGGUGUUUCAUUAGGUUUAGCUGCAACACUUGGUGGAAUUCAGUUGGAUAUGCCAUUAGUAACACAAAUAGGUUCAACAAUGUCUACUGGUAUUGUACUUGGUGCACUUAUUGCUCGUCGAAUUGCUAUAACUGAUCUUCCUCAGUUAGUUGCUGCUUUUCAUUCACUUGUUGGUAUGGCUGCUGUACUUACUUGUAUAUCACAUUAUAUUACAGAAUGUGAACAUUUUAUUCAUGAUCCAGCAGCAUCAGUUAUUAAGACAGCAUUAUUUUUGGGUGCAUAUAUUGGUGGUAUAACAUUUUCGGGUUCAAUAAUUGCUUAUUCAAAAUUACAAGGUCUUAUGAGUGGUGCACCAAUAUUAUUACCAGCUCGUCAUACAUUAAAUGCAGGUUUAGCACUUGCUAAUAUUGCUGCUUUAAGUUAUUAUAUGAUAAGUCCAGAUCCACUUGUUGGUAUUUCAAUGUUAGGUCUAACAUCACUUUUAUCAAUGACAAUGGGUGUAACAUUAACAAUAGCUAUUGGUGGUGCUGAUAUGCCUGUUGUUAUAACUGUGCUUAAUUCAUAUUCCGGAUGGGCAUUAUGUGCUGAAGGUUUUAUGUUGAAUAAUUCAUUGAUGACCAUUGUUGGUGCACUUAUUGGUAGUAGUGGUGCAAUUUUAUCAUAUAUUAUGUGUAAAGCAAUGAAUCGUUCAUUACCUAAUGUUAUUCUUGGUGGUUAUGGUACGGAUUCAACUGGUAAGGGACAAGCAAUGAAAAUAACUGGUACACAUACAGAAGUAAAUAUUGAUCAAACAGUUGAUCAAAUUAAAGAAGCAUCAUCAAUUAUUAUUACACCAGGUUAUGGUUUAUGUGUUGCUAAAGCUCAAUAUCCAAUUGCUGAAAUGGUUGAUAUAUUACGAAAACAUGGUAAACAAGUACGUUUUGCUAUUCAUCCAGUAGCUGGUCGAAUGCCAGGUCAAUUAAAUGUUUUAUUAGCUGAAGCUGGUGUUAGUUAUGAUAUAGUUCAUGAAAUGGAAGAAAUUAAUCAUGAAUUUCCUAAUACUGAUCUUGUUCUUGUCAUUGGUGCAAAUGAUACAGUUAAUUCAGCUGCUGAAGAAGAUCCAAAUAGUAUUAUUGCUGGUAUGCCUGUACUUCGAGUUUGGCUUUCUAAACAAGUUGUUGUUAUGAAACGAUCACUCGGUGUUGGUUAUGCUGGUAAAUAG